CUCGGCCCCGGUAAUGAUCAAACAUCUUCAUUUUUUCAUUCCUUUUUUCUGCCUUAGUAUUGACCACCGUCAAAUCGGUGAAUCGACGCCGCUGAAACAACCGUAGACCGCCGUACAAUGGCUGCUUGAUUCUAUUCAGCAUUCCAGCUGUGGAGUUUGGAAGUGUAUACGUGUGCAAAUGGAAAGUGCCGAUAGCAGUAAGAUUCCUAAGAGAACAGUUUUUGUCACCGUGGGAACUACUCUAUUUGAUGCUCUUAUCAAAGCAGUGGACACUCCUGAAGUCAAGCAAGAAUUAUAUGCAAAAGGGUAUACUCACCUCCUGAUUCAAAUCGGUCGUGGUUCUUACAUCCCUGCCAGGUCAACUGGUGACGAUGGGUCCCUAGCUGUUGAAUACUUCACGUUUUCGUCUAGCAUUGCAGAGAGCCUGUCAGCAGCUUCUCUUGUCAUAAGUCAUGCAGGAUCAGGCAGCAUUUUUGAGACAUUACGACAGCGUAAGCCUUUAAUUGUUGUGGUGAAUGAGGACUUGAUGGAUAAUCAUCAAGAAGAACUGGCAGAAGAAUUAGCAGAGAGGAAACACUUGUUCUGUGCGCACCCUCAAACCCUUUAUCAGACUAUUGCUAGUAUGAAUCUAGAUUCUCUUCUUCCAUAUCCUGCUGGUGAUGCUAAACCGGUUGCUACACUUAUAAACAAGUUUUUAGGUUUCCCAGUAGAUAAACCAAAACACACUACUUGAUCCUUUAGCUAUUUUAAAUUCAUCUGUGCUAAUUCAGACUGAUAUUUUAUUUUAAAUUCUAUUAACAGUACUUGUGUGCCGCCUUCUUCUCAUACUUACGAUGCUAUUUAGUCAGUUAUCACAGUUGGAGUGAUAAAUAUUUCUUUGAAAUGGAAAAGAUUAGCUGCUCUA